AUGUAUGCUGAGCAUGACUUGAUAGGACGGACACUCAAUGCUAUUGAAUUGUUGAUUGAAAAGCAAAUCAAUUAUUUUUUUAUACUUGAAAAUUAUCAGAUUAUGGAAGCGUUACGUCAAAUUGCUCAAAAUCAAAAUAAUUGCUAUGAUAUACAUGUUAAGGCACGAGCAAGGCAACUAUUAAAUAAAGAAAGCGAUUAUAAAAUGCAGCGAAUUCCAGCGAACACAUAUAUAUUGAUUCGUUGA